CCCUCGAAGGCAACUCACCUGUGAAAUGGACAAACUCGAUAACAACAAACGCUUCCCCACUUCGCUAGGGCAGACUGUGGCGAUCGCAGCGUUCACCACAAAGUUGAGGAGGGGCGCGGCCCCGCGCCUGGGGUCAAUGUCCCCCUCCGAAUGGCAAAGGGAAUCCACACCCCGUCGGACUUUUGCAUGAGCUCCUGGUCUGUGACUCUCGCAACCAUGCGUUUCAAAUCUUGCAGGCGACGGAGGCAACAAUUGGAGGUCAGGUCGCACAGUGAGCAGUCGAGUCAAAGGAAGUCAACCGUUGGUUUUGUCUUUGGUGCCCAACUUAAGGCGGAAGGACAGUGCGGGUGUUGCAGUAGACAGUGGACAGUGGGCGUUUUCCCGAUAAAUUCCACUGCCCAUCACUCAUGCGUUCCCUGUCGUACUCCUCUUCAGCAAAGUCAACAGACGGGAGCCUGCGCCGGUGGCCCCCUUUCCGCUGCUUCCCUAUUCCCCUCCGCCUAUUAAUCCCCGCUUCUUUCCGCUUGAUUGCUUCUCGCCUUCUCCAGCCCCAAUCGAUCUCACGGAGGACUUAAAAGCCGCUAGUUUUUUUAUUUUUUUGAGAAUCCUUGUUAAAGCUUCGAUUUUUCGCGGUUGAUUUCACGAUUUGGACGUGCCGAGGUUUUAGAAAUAUCUUAUUGGGGAUUGAGAUGGACGAGCUUCUGAGGAUUUAGCGGGAGGAUUGUUGUAGUUUUGGAGUUUUAUGGAUAAAUUAUGUUGCUUCAAAGGUCCCUGCUCUCAGGCCAUUCGAGUGGUGCAGGCAAGGGUAAAAGUUAUCAAGGAUCUGUAAAAGUUGCUUAUGGGUUCAGCCUUGUAAAAGGAAGGGCAAAUCAUCCUAUGGAGGAUUAUCAUGUAGCAAAGUUUAUCCAGAUAAGGGGGCAGGAGCUUGGUCUUUUCGCUAUAUUUGAUGGUCAUUUAGGUGACAGUGUAGCUGCCUAUUUACAAAAGCAUCUGUUCACUAAUAUUCUUAAAGAGGAAGAUUUUUGGAAUAAUCCAGGAGAGGCAAUCUCCAAAGCCUAUGAGAAGACUGAUAAAGCAAUUCUAUCACGCAGUCCUGAUCUGGGGCGAGGUGGAUCAACAGCGGUUACUGCGAUUCUCAUAGAUGGUAGGAAAUUGUGGAUUGCUAAUGUUGGUGAUUCACGUGCUGUUCUUGCAAAAGGUGGAGAUGUUAUACAGUUAAGUGUUGAUCACGAACCCAAUACUGAGCGUGGGAGCAUUGAGAAUAGAGGUGGCUUUGUUUCAAACAUGCCAGGAGAUGUUCCCAGAGUUAAUGGCCAGUUAGCCGUUUCACGUGCUUUCGGAGACAAGAGCCUCAAGUCACAUCUGAGUUCAGAUCCAGAUAUACGCUCCGAAGAUGUGACUGCUGACAGCGAUCUACUGAUCCUUGCGAGUGAUGGCUUGUGGAAGGUAAUGAGCAACGAAGAGGCAGUGGAUAUUGCUAGAAAGUACAAAGAUCCACAAGCAGCAGCAAGGCUGCUGACAACGGAAGCAGUGAACAGAGUCAGCAAGGAUGAUAUCUCUUGCAUCGUUGUUCAACUAAGGGCAUAAAGAUUUUCUAACUUCUUGUUGAUUAUUAAAUAUUGCCAGGAAGCGAUAACGACCGGAAGAUAACAAGGGAAAGGCGCAAGUCCUUGAUGUUAGCCUAGUAGAGCUCCUGCUGUUCCGAUUCUUCUGUAUAUUGUUGGUUCACCUGUGGUUGGUUAUUCUGGUAUCAUUCGUUGAUUUCUUCGAUGUUCUAGUUAAGGAAUGUAUUAUUGGUAUGGGUGGAUGAUGUAGUUGAUUGGUUGAAUGGCUUUUUCCCCUUAAAAUUUCAAGGCAACUUGUACCAUGAAA